CCGGUCGAUCAAAAGGAACGUGAUCGCAGAGGAAAAAAAUUGAGGUAGUGAGGGAGUAACAGUCGAAGAAAGAUAUCCUUUAUCUCGGAACAGUCGCGAAGUAUUUUGACGCAGUUAUCACAGGAAUUUACAACAGCAAAAAGUUUGAAAAGCUAAGUGAAUUAUGAAAUCGAUACUCGUGACUGGUUGCAAUCGUGGAAUAGGUUUAGGAAUCAUUCAACAUCUAACGCAAUUGCCGAAACCACCGGAAAACAUUUUCGCCACUUGCCGUGAUGUGACUAAAGCCGGGAAACUCAAGGCUCUGGCAGAGGCUGCUGGAAAUGUCCACAUUAUCGAGAUAGAUCUCAAGGACACCGGGAGUUAUGAAAAAGUGGUGGAAAUCGUGACCGCUAAAACCGGCAACGAAGGCUUGAAUGUUCUCUUCAAUAAUGCCGGCAUAACAAACAAGUUUACUCGGCUUGGCCUCGUCAAGGAGGAACAGCUUACCGACGUUUUUCUCGUUAACACCGUUGCACCAAUUAUGCUAACGAAAGCUUUCUUACCCUUGCUGAAAAAAGCUGCUGCAGGGAGAGAAGGAUUUGGAAUUCAUCGAGCUGCUGUGAUCAACAUGACUUCUAUGUUGGGCAGUAUCGCUGACAAUCAGCAGGGUGGAUUUUAUCCCUACAGAUGCAGCAAGGCUGCCCUGAACGCAGCUACGAAAUCAAUGAGCAUCGACUUCAAGGACGAUGGGAUUCUCGCGACCUGUAUACACCCUGGCUGGGUUAAAACGGAUAUGGGAGGUCCGAACGCUCAACUCGAGAUUGACGAUUGCGUUCGCGGUUUGAUGAAAACGCUGUAUUCACUUGGUCCGAAGGAGAACGGUUGUUUCAUUCGUUGGGACGGUGAACCAAUGCCUUGGUAACUUUCGCAAUGUUCUACGAUUAUUGUUCCGUUAUUACAUUCGUUUUCGAGCCAUUACUUCAUGGGCCGAUUCUAAAGCGAUCUUUUUGUAUAUUUUUACUAAAUAAAUACGAUUGUCCUUGACAUUAA